CUCGCUACACACACUCUUGCUUUUGAGAUUGCAUUAAGACGGGUCAUCCGAAAUGGAAAAUUGGCUUCUAAAACUGAGUGUCGUCUAAAUAAUUGAUUAGAAUACUGGUUUUAUAUAUGCUCUUUUUACCAUAAGUAGUUAAUUUGAAGUUUGUAAGAGCGUCUUUGAGGAGCAUUGAAUGAGGUGUUAAGGUGUUGCUGCUUGUCCAGGAAGACUUCAGCAACACAUGUGUUGAUGAACGUGAAGAAAAUUGACGAGUGAACAUGUCGAAACCACGUCCGUCUUUCUCAGUUACUGAACUGUGUGGAGAUAAGAGUGAGGAACCGAGCAAUGAGAGACGGCGACGUCAGGCGGUGCAGAUGCUGAUGGUGAUGGCAGCGUCAGUAUCAUACUUCGUGAUGGGAAUGUCUCUCUCCUUCCCCAAUGUUUUGGCUUCAGAUCUUCUGUCUGAUAACACCACACUCUUCAACACUCAGCUUCAGUUCCAGGACUGGCAGCUGGAUAUGAUGGGUAGCAUCGUGACGAUCGGUAGCGUACCUGGCUUCUUGUUGGCUGGCUGGAUGCUGGGUCGUCUGGGACGACGGUGGUCCAUGGCCAUAUCCGUGGUCCCGGGACUCAUGGGCUGGGCUGCCAUCGCUCUCUCACUCAACGCCACAAUGUUGAUUGUCGCCAGAUUCCUGGACGGUGUCACCUGCGGCAUGGUCACUUUGGCUGUUAUCACCUAUGCCACAGAGAUACCAGACACAUCUCAUCGAGGUUCAAUAGGAACCAUCGUCAUCUUGAUGUUUCUCAUUGGUACCGGCAUAGGUGUGAGCCUCGGCAUCUUCCUCACAUGGUACCAAGUUGCCUUCAUCAACGUGGGUAUUCUCCUACUAUACACUACAGCCAUUGUUCCCUGCUUGCCCGAGAGCCCGACCUUCCUAGCGGUAGUAGAUAAAGACAAAGCCGCUCUUAAAGUGCUUGCUGGUCUUAGAGGAAACUACGCUGAUCUUGAUGCUGAAAUUAAACUCUUAAAACAGUUAAACAGGGUAACCGAUGCCACCUCAAGGUGGGGUGCUCUAUUAAGUGCUGAAAAUUUAAAGCGGAUACUACUCUUGUCCUGCCUUUUCUUCAUCCAGAGCUUCAGUGGGACAGCUGUCGUCAGAGUGAACGCCACGAGAAUACUAGAAGCCUCCGGUGUGAAUCUGAAUAGAGAUAUUAGCACUACGAUACUUAUGGUGGUUCCAAUAUGUGGUGUCUUUGUGCUGACUUCACUAACUGACCGCAUAGGCCGUCGACUGUGUUUAGUGGUAUCCAUGGCCCCGAUGGUGCUAGCCUACUGUGUCCUCGGCUGCUAUGUCUUUCUCAACAGUUACGAAGUAACUGCUGUGUCUGUGGUACCUCUUGGCUCCAACUACAGCAGCUACUCACAAUCCAUCCAGAGGAUCGAGAGUGAAGAGAACGAGUGGUCAUGGCUGCCACUGGCCUGUCUCCUAGUGUGUAUCUUCGCCAUGAAUAUCGGCAUUGAGUCUCUUCCCUGGCACUUAUCCUCGGAACUAUUCCCCACCACCAUAAGAUCCCAGGCAAUGAGCGUGUGUACCGUGGUUGGAAGUGUGUUUGCCGCGGCAGCUCUACAGCUCUACAGUCCAAUGCAGGACUUCCUGACUCCUGCAGGGCUCUACUGGACCUACGCUGGGGUAUCCUUCCUGGGAAUAGGCUUCACUCUCCUCACACUGCCAGAAACUGCACGGCAGGCUGUAGGCUAGACUUGAUGCCCUCUCCUGAGGCACACACAACCACAUAAACAAACACACACACACACACACACACACACACACACACACACACACACACACACACACACACACACACACACACACACACAAACACACACACACACACACACUCGCACUGGGAUGUUAGGAAGUAUUUCUUCAGUCAUAGAGUUGUCAGGAAGUGGAAUAGUCUGGAAAGUGAUGUAGUGUCCUAACCGAUAUAAGCUGGAAAGAUAUACUAAGCAACACAGACCCCAACUUAUGCCUAGAACAGAUUAACUUGGUGGCACUCGAUGUAUGCACAAGGCUUAUUCCUCUAAGAAAAAGGAGGAGUAGAUGUAAAAUAGAAAGAGACAGGCGCUCCCUUUACAGGUGACGGAAAAGAAUAACAGAGCGGCUAAAAGAGGCCAAUAUAUCUGCAAUGCGUAGGGAGACACUGGUCAGAGAAAUAGCAAACAUCGAACUUAAGCUAAAGGAUUAUUAUAGGAGUCCGGAAUCGCGGGAAGAACUAAAAGCCAUAAAUGAAAUUGAAAGAAACCCAAAGUAUUUCUUCUCCUAUGCCAAAUCAAAGUCGAGAACAACGUCCAGUAUUGGGCCCCUACUUAAACAAGAUGGGUCCUACACAAAUGACAGCAAGGAAAUGAGUGAGCUACUCAAGUCCCAAUAUGACUCAGUUUUUAGCAAGCCGCUAACCAGACUGAGAGUCGAAGAUCAAAAUGAUUUUUUUAUGAGAGAGCCACAGAAUUUGGUUAACACAAGCCUAUCUGAUGUUAUCCUGAGGCCAAAUGACUUCGAACAGGCGAUAAAUGACAUGCCCAUGCACUCUGCCCCAGGGCCAGACUCAUGGAACUCUGUGUUCAUCAAGAACUGCAAGAAGCCCCUAUCACGAGCGUUUACCAUCCUAUGGAGAGGGAGCAUGGACACGGGGGUCGUCCCACAGUUACUAAAAACAACAGACAUAGCCCAACUCCACAAAGGGGGCAGUAAGGCAAGAGCAUUAUUAUUAUUAUUAUUAUUAUCAAGGGGAAGCGCUAAACCCGUAGGAUUAUACAGCGCCUGGGGGGGAUGUGGAAGGCAUUCAGGCUUAAUUCGGGGAACUAGAGCACAGAUCCAAAGAACUACAGACCGAUAGCACUAACAUCCCAUAUCAUAAAAAUCUUUGAAAGGGUCCUAAGAAGGAAGAUCACCCAUCUAGAAACCCAUCAGUUACACAACCCAGGGCAACAUGGGUUUAGAACAGGUCGCUCCUGUCAGUCUCAACUAUUGGAUCACUACGACAAGGUCCUAGAUGCACUAGAAGACAAAAAGAAUUCAGAUGUAAUAUAUACAGACUUUGCAAAAGCCUUCGACAAGUGUGACCAUGGCGUAAUAGCGAACAAAAUGCGUGCUAAAGGAAUAACAGGAAAAGUUGGUCGAUGGAUCUAUGAUUUCCUCACUAACAGAACACAGAGAGUAGUCGUCAACAGAGUCAAGUCCGAGGCAGCUACGGUGAAAAGCUCUGUUCCACAAGGCACAGUACUCGUUCCCAUCUUGUUCCUCAUCCUCAUAUCUGACAUAGACAAGGAUGUCAGCCACAGCACCUUGUUUUCCCUUUUUG